AUGUCGAUGACCGAUGGAUCCCUAUAUGUCCCACUACCACACAUAGGUGAUUUCAUCAGGCUCCUCGAGUUACUCCCAGGGCGGCCCGCAGACGACCUUGUGGGGAGCUUCGUGGUACACGACCUCGAAGAUGCGCAACCUGAGUACACGGCGACGUCGUAUGUCUGUGGCGACGACAAUCGCUCCUACCACUUCAUCUCUAUCUCUGGCUCCAGGGUUGGUAUCUACAAGAACGCAGAUGAAGUCCUGAGGAGAUUCCGCUCCGAGGCGAAUACUACAUAUCUGUGGAUUGACGUCCUUUGUAUAGAUCAGGACAACGCGGUGGAGAAGGCGAGAGAGGUAAAUUUGAUGUACAAAGUGUAUGAAAAGGCCAAACGGACUGUAAUAUGGUUAGGCCCAAGUGGCGACGAUGUUGCAGUCGGGUUCCAGUAUGCCAGGACACUGGAUGCCAGGCGUUAUCUCGACGAGUACACACCUACGGUAAUGUAUGCCGGGCAUGAGACACAGUACUUGCAGAACAAGUCUCAUAUACUCGAUGUCCUGCAUACCCACCCAGAAAAAGAAUCACUGGUCAACUCAUGCGCAAAGCUCCUUCUGCGGCCUUGGUUUACACGUGUAUGGACUAGACAAGAAGGGGCCCUAAGCUCUGAUCCUGUGGUUGUCUGUGGUGAAGACGAGAUACCCUGGCUUCAGAUCUUUGCGCUGGCAUGGCUGUUCCUCCCCAGGUCCACGAUGCGGUGGCCCCAGUGGUUUCUCUCCGACGAUCCCUCAAAGACGUAUGCGAACCUCGAGCCCAACAUUAUGUUUAUUCAGAGCAUCCAGACAUAUCGGCUUCAUCAGAUGCAGGUUCUGAACCACGAACCAGAAACGCGAGAGGUCAGCUUAAUAAACGCCAUGCACGAUGCGUCGCGGUUGAAAUGCUACGACCCGCGGGACAAGAUCUAUGCCAUUCGAAAUAUUGCCACAGACUUGACUCAAAAUGACUGGGCACCUCAACCCGACUACGUCACUCCCUGGGAAGAGGUCUAUGCCGACUUCGCGAUGCGCAUGGCGGAGAGAGGAAGACACGAGGUACUGGACUGGUCGGGAGUCUGUCAGCAGGAAGCACGUUCCGGUCUCGCUUCUUGGGUAGUUGACUGGAGGUCUCGCCCUCGGACCCAAUACCUCGUUCCUGAAGAAUGGUGUGCAGGGGGCAAGACCUUUCGGCCAAAGGUAGAGCGAAUUCCCAAGAAAAGACAGCACUAUCUGCUGAAAUUGCUCGACGCAGCCAAGCAGCCGAGGAAAUCGCUGCGAUACACCUUGUCAAUCACGGUCAUGAUGCAAGAUAAUAUCGCCUUUCUCAGCGGUGUCCUCGAAGAUGGGAAGGGAUUUGGUAACUCCAGAAAGACCGCUCAAGAAGUGUUAGCAUUGGAUCAACAAUCUCAAGAGUUUAUCAAAACCUUGCCCUCCACAUUCUACAUCAACUCUGAACAAGUGAUCGACGUCUACAACGCAACUCUCAUUGCCAACACCACGGACCAUGACACCGUCGCAUCACCUUCCUAUGUUGCCGCUGGUGUACAGGAAUGGCGCUCGUGGCUGUCCUCUCAGACGCCUCUAACGACGAACACCGAGACUGACAGCGAAAGUAUUGUCCCGAGAUUCUACGAAGCAAUUGAUAGCAUGGACACAUUCCAGUACAAACAAUUCUGUGUCUCCACCCUUGGCUACUUCUGCCUUGUCCCCGACAUUACCGAAGCGACUGACGCCAUUGCUAUCGUCAAAGGAGUGGAUAUGCCGAUCGUGCUUCGUCCUAUCAAUGACCUCUACGUAUACCUCGGCCAAUGCUAUAUCCACGGCAUGAUGGAGCUGCAAGCUGGCACACUAAUCGAGGAGUUUCGCGUCAAAUUCAACACUAAAGAGGGAAAGGUGGUUGUGGGCAGACCCGAGGGUGAUAUUAGGAAGAACGGCUUGAAGAUGGAUGCGGGUGAAUAUGUCAGAAUCUUGGGAAGCCUCGGGGAGAGGAAGAUUGUUUUGAUAUGA